AUGAGGAAGCUUGCGAAAACUGCAUUUUAUAUAUUUCUUCUCUCUGCAUUGACUUUCAAGGUGACCGGACGAUUCUUACAACACAGCUCUCCUGAGUUGGUUUCCGAUUCCGACCAUGUCCAAGACGAAGAAGAACCCUCUUUUCUUGUCCUCAAAGGAAUAGAUUUAUCGUCGGAGGAUGAUCGGUGCAAGCAAAUGUACGGCUUCUUGCCCUGCCCGACAAGUCUUUGGGGCCAUCUCUUCCUUAUUGUGGUGUAUGAAUACUUGUUAUUUCAAGGAGAGUCACAUGUGAUCUCUGGUGGUGAACAGAUUUUCAAGAUUCUUGGUCCUGGUUUCUUUGGUGCAAGUAUAUUCCGGAUCCUUGGUGCACUUCCUGAGUCCUUGAUACUUUUGGCCACGGGACUAGUGGAGGACAAAGAGGGUGAUCAAGAGUCUGUCCAAACCGCACUUGGCUUGCUAGCAGGAUCAACAAUCUUGCAUCUCACUCUACUCUGGGGGACUUGUGUCACCGUUGGCAGCAAAGCUGAUCCCCCAACCCCAAGUUCAAGGCCAUUAAACCAUGGACAAAACCAUUUCAAGAAAUUCUCAUUGCUAUUGGCUGGAUCCAGCUUGAAGACGGAUACAGAGACUAGAAAAAGUGCAAGAAUUAUGCUUCUCUCAGUAAUACCAUUCAGUGUCAUGCAAAUCCCUAUAGUCUUCACUUUAUCUCCUCUUGGAAAACGCAUUGUCAUCCUCAUCGCUCUUAUUGUUUGUGUCGUGUUUGUUCUUAGUUACUUCUUUUAUCAGAUAUUCGAUCCUCAGAUUCAAAAGAGAGAAUUAGAAUACGUGAAACAACAACGUAUUAUUGUAAUGGACUUAUUAAAACAUGUGCAAACAGAAUCAAUGCAUAGAUUCCACACUGAUGAUGGUGAACCAGAUUUCGAUGCUAUAAAAAGGUUGUUUGAAAGCCUUGAUAUUAAUGGCGACAACAACCUAUCGCCAGCAGAAUUAAAAGAACUGGUAGUGAAUAUCAAGUUUCGUAGCAUCCCUUGGGAUGUGGAUGUAGCAGUGGCACAAAUCAUGGAAGAACUGGAUGCAAAUGGAGAUCAAAUGAUCAACAAGGAGGAAUUUAUCAAAGGAUGGACAAAAUUGCUCAAGAUGAAAAAAAAUCAAGCGCCUACCUCAACUGAGUCUACAGAAGAUGAGUACCAGCAGAGAGAACCAGAACAAGGUGACAUGUUGGAAGAGAAUAGCAAAAUAGCAAGGUAUCCAUGGGAAUUGACAAAGGCUACAAUGCUUUUGGUGGUUGGAGUUGUUAUGCUAGGAUUUCUAGGUGAACCUCUUAUAAAGAGUGUCCAAAAUUUCUCCACCUCUGCUAAUGUACCAUCUUUUUUCAUCUCUUUCGUAUUGGUGCCAUUGGCUUCGAAUGCUCGUGUAGCGAUUUCAGCGAUAUCUAUGGCUCGUCGUCAGAAACCUAGAACUACUUCUUUGACAUUUUCCGAGAUUUACAGUGGAGUGUUCAUGAACAAUAUUCUUGGGUUUUCAGUUCUUUUGUCCCUGGUUUAUUUUCGAGGGUUGCCGUGGCAUUUCUCGAUUGAAGUACUGAUUGUUCUAAUGGUUUGUGGUGUAAUGGGUCUCACUGCAAGUUUCAAAUCCACCUUCCCUAUUUGGACAUCCUUUUUGGCAUACUUGCUAUACCCAUUAGCUCUCAUCCUCGUCUAUGCUAUUAUUGAUUAGCCACAGCCUCAAUGUCACCAGGAAAUCAUUGGAUUUUUGUUUAUGUUUUGGCAAGCUACGUUUGAAUGGAUCGUCUUUUCGGAUUUCUGUUUCUAUUUUAGCACACUGCUUUUGAGUCAAUUGUCUUCUUAUCUUUCGUAUUGUAAAAUUAGCAAUAAUUCUUACCUAAAAAUACUGAGUG